AUGACUGGAUUCUCGUCAAGAAAUGGCUCCGUCGAGCCGCCAGAUGAGAGACAGGCUUUGAUCAGCGAUACAGCUCGCAUCAACUCUGGGUUUCGCCAGCAACAUCAGAAGCCUCGACACCACUGGUCUCAUUGGCCUAGACGAGUUGCGCAUCUAACAUGGUCGACACUGGUCCGCGAUUAUGUCAACGUCCUUCUCGUUUUCGUGCCUCUGGGCAUCAUCGCAGGUGUUCUGCACUGGGAUAGCACCGUCAUUUUUACGCUCAAUUUCUUGGCAAUCAUUCCUCUGGCCUCGCUCCUGAGUUUCGCAACCGAGGAGCUGGCCGCGACGAUGGGUCAGGCUCUAGGUGGCUUGAUGAAUGCAACAUUUGGGAAUGCCGUUGAGCUGAUUGUUAGCAUAAUCGCUUUGAAAGACAAUCAGAUUCGAGUUGUCCAAGCCAGCAUGCUUGGAAGCAUUUUGUCCAACAUUUUGCUCGUCCUUGGAUGUUGCUUCUUCAUUGGAGGGUUACGUUACUCCGAGCAAACCUUUAACAGUACAGUGGCAUCAACCAUGUCUUCGCUGAUGACCGUCGCUUCCGCUUCUCUCAUCAUCCCUGCUACGCUUUAUGCUUCUCUGAGCGGGUCUGACAAAGGGGAAAGGAGAGACAACAUCCUGAUUCUUUCCCACGGAACCGCCAUCAUCCUUUUGAUACUCUAUGUGAUGUACCUAUACUUCCAGCUCAAGUCGCACGCGGAACUUUUCGAAGAAGCCAACAACGAGAUUAAUGACGCCGAAAACCAAGCGGGAGACGCGGGAGCAGAGGAGGAAGAAGAAGAAGAAAGACUGCUCAACCCAUGGGCUGCCACAGUUGCUUUGAUUGUCGUGACGAUUCUGGUGGCUAUCUGCGCCGACUACCUCGUAGGUAGUAUCGACAGCAUUGUACAGAAGACUGGCAUGAGUCGUACGUUCAUUGGUCUUGUUUUGAUUCCCAUUGUCGGCAACGCCGCCGAACAUGUCACCGCCGUGGUUGUUGCUUGGAAGGGCAAAAUGGAUCUGGCUAUUGGAGUUGCCAUCGGGAGCAGUCUCCAAAUUGCGCUGUUUGUUACUCCCUUCCUCGUCAUUCUUGGCUGGAUCAUGAAUGUGGAUAUGACACUGCAUUUCCAUAUCUUCGAGACUGUCGCGUUCUUCAUCUCUGGUUUGGUCGUUACUUUCCUGAUUCAGGAUGGAAAGUCUAACUACCUUGAAGGCGGGCUAUGUCUGGGAAUGUACAUCAUUCUCGCACUCGCUUUCUACGUGUAUCCGGACAGUGCUAGCGACGAUGCUCUGUUCAAUCAUUGA